AGUCAACACUAGUUUUUUUUGGUGCAUUGGCCUUUUGCAGUACUUUUGAACACUUUCACAUGCCAAAAUUAAUUGAAGUGCCUUAGCUGUUCGCAUUUUAUUGCCAUGACUCGGAAAUCGAAGAAAAAGCAUAAAAAGCUUUCCAAACAACCCAUGCCAGACGGCAUCGAUGUUUGUAAUGAACAGCAGCAGUAUUUGCUGAGUAACGAAAAUGUCGAGCAUAAGAAAUCUAAGCACAGGCAGCACCACAAGAAGCACAGCAAGCGGCACAAGGGCAAGCACAAGCACAAGCAGUCCGUGCCGGAAAAGCCGGUAGAUGCAGUGCCAAAUCCGGAGCCAAUAUCGCAGCCAGAGGCGGAGCUUAAAGUGGAGACAGAAUCGGAGCAGGAAGCAGCGGCCAUCGAGGUGCUAGCCGACGAGCCAGAAGCAGAAAACUCAAAUUGGUGGAACUUUGAUCAAUGUCUGCCCGUUGGCUACAAUUUCGGUAAUGCAACGCUCAAUUUUAAUCUGCCAGGUGUUGAGCCGAUCGAUGUCGGCCAACCAGUUCGCGACUAUUCGACCUAUAUAAUUCCCAAGCUGAAGAGCAAACAACAGCUGGUGUAUUCGAAUAAUUCCGAAACGUUCGUUGACGAAGUGUCACCCAUUAAUACUGUGGAUUGGAUGCACGACCAGAACUUCAAGCUGUUGUCGCCCAUAAAGAAGAGCGAUAUCGACUAUUUGCCCACAUCGGAGGACAUUUGGGUCAGCUACAAAGCGGCGAAGAUGGGCGCCACGCCCGAGUGGCCAGUUUGCUGUAUCCACAAUAUGUCAAGUCCAAGUGAAAUACGCGAAAGUAUUUCGAGUCCAGUGAAACAAGAAACUGCUCAGCCCAGCCAUGAGACUAACAUCGAUCAGAUCAUUGCGUGCCUCGACCAAGACAACUCUCAAAGCAACGCCGAAGUGAAGGAGGAGCUAGAAAAGGACGAGAACGGCGCCAGUCUCUCGUGCAUGGAAUGGGAGAGCCUUGAUCUUAGCCUGGACGAGGAGCGCAGCUUGUUGGACUUCCUCAAGUCAAAGCGUUUGCAUACUCCACUUAGCGACAUUAAAACCUUUGAAAUGCUCCUGAGCAUGGCCAGAAAUGAGGAGAGCAGAGAUGCACUGCGUGAUUUGUUAAGGCCCAAAAUAUUACUGCAGCUGAGGCCAGGCAAGGCGCUAAAGGCAGCCACUAGAGAAGCACAAGAUGCGUCCACGGAACUUGACCGGAAGGUACUGCAGCGAGGAACAGAACCUGUCGACAUUUCUAAUAUGGUGCCACAUGUGAUGAUCAACAAUGAGGACCUGCAGAAGGCCAUCGAUUCGAUAACUAUUGUGGACCAAACGCAGGAGCAGCUGCAGCAGAUAAAUUUGAAUAGGAACGACUUGAUUAUAUUGGAGGACCGAACGUUGUUGGAUGUGGAGAAACCGCCCAUCAGCCAGAGAGAUGAUCAGUCCUUGAUCGUCAACGUGGAAAAGCUGCCGCCGCUGGUGGCAGCGCCCAAGGAGGAUGCCGUGCAACAGUGGCUGCAGCAGCUGGGCCAAGAUCUCUCGCGAGUGGUGCAAAGCCGGCUCGACUCGAUGCCCAACAGCGAGCACUCCAACGCAGACCCAGUCGAUUUCGAAGCAAAGAUCAGCGAGUGCGGGCUGCUGCAGCCCAAGGGCAAGGCACAGGCGCCUAUGUCAGACUUAGAGAAAAGUCUUGGCCAGUGGGAGAACAGCUACAAGCGUAGAUUGGAUGACUUUGAGGACAUUAUUGACCACAAUAUGACCGAGUUUCGUGAUCCGCAGGGCAAGCGACUGCGCACCAAAUGGCUAAAUGAGCCCGGCAAAAAGAAUCUGGAUAGCCUAAAGCGUGUCCUGCAAAUGCCUGCGCUGCCCACACAUCUCGACCAGCGGCUGCAGCAGUUGCGUAUCUUGAGGCAGCCGACCAAGCGCAAAGUCGAGCGCACCAAUAUGCCAAUCGAAAUGAAGAUGGUCCGCAUGUAUAGCACGUUGCAGGCGAACUGCACCAUAGACAUGAAUCAGCUAGCCCUGGAGCUGGAUAAUACGAUCUACAAUACCGAUAUUCAGGUGCUGCAGAGGAGCUAUGAGGCCGGCCACGUGGCUUGGAUUUGGGAGAACGGCAGCAUACUGAUCAGCAAUGCUCGGAGCAAAGCCCUACUCAUGGACACCCAGAAGAGUCUGCUGACCAAGAUUCUAGGCGACGCGGAGACCAUCAAUCUGGCUCAGCACAAUGCCCUGCACUCGCAAGUGAUACACAUCGCCCAGUUUGCGUGGCAGAUCUGCAUUGAGGAGUUCAGUCAAACGUAUGCCUUGAGCAGUGAAACGGUGCAGGACAGCUUGAGAUAUGCCUACUAUGUGAACAAGAGCAUACCCGGUGUUGCGGCUAAGGUCUACGAGUCUGGUGCGAUUCAAGUGUUCGCCAUGACUGCAGCGCUGGCCGAUGGAAUGCUGGAGAAACUUUACCUAAUCACGGCCAAUCAUCGCAAGCCAAAGACAACAAUUAUACCAAAGCCAAAGCCCGAAUGCCAUGGAACAUUCAUACCACUCUUUCCCACUUGAUUAGUUAUCUUUGAGAUUCGUCUAAUAUGCACUUUAUUGUCCUCAACGACUACCCAAUAAACAAUUAUUC